AUGCCAGCCCCUCUGGAGACCUGCCUUUCGGACCUCGACUGCGCCAGCACCAGCAGCAGCAGCGCCGGCAGCAGCAGCACCAGCGACCUGUCCGGCUUCCUCACCGACGAGGAGGACUGUGCCAGGCUCCAACCGCCCGCGUCCGCCUCGGGGCUGCCCGCGACGGCCCACAGGGGCGCACCCGGGAUUCCCGGGGCGUCAGACACUCCUCGGGCGCAGGACGAAGAGCAGGAGCGGCGGCGGCGCAGGGGCCGCGCGCGGGUGCGCUCCGAGGCGCUACUGCACUCGCUGCGCAGGAGCCGACGCGUCAAGGCCAAUGACCGCGAGCGCAACCGCAUGCACAACUUGAACGCGGCGCUGGACGCGCUGCGCAGCGUGCUGCCCUCCUUCCCCGACGACACCAAGCUCACCAAGAUCGAGACGCUGCGCUUCGCCUACAACUACAUCUGGGCUCUGGCCGAGACUCUGCGCCUGGCGGACCAGGGGCUGCCCGGGGGCGGUGCCCGAGAGCGCCUCCUGCCGCAGCCGCAGUGCGCCCCGUGUCUCCCGGGGCCCCCGAGCCCCGCCAGCGACGCCGAGUCCUGGGGCUCCGGUGCCGCCGCCUCCCCCUGCGCUGCUGCCGCCUCGCCACUCUCUGACCCCAGUAGCCCCGCUGCCUCCGAAGACUUCACCUAUGGCCCCGGCGACCCCCUUUUCUCCUUCCCCGGCCUGCCCAAAGACUUGCUCCACACGACGCCCUGUUUCAUCCCUUACCACUAG